UGUAUCUUCCUUACAGUUUUCCGUCGGGGACACAAUUCUAGGUAGAACAGUGCUCGGGCUAUAAACGGAACGUGUUGUUGUGUUGUGUGUUCAAAAAGUCUACAUGCGACUGUAAAUAAUACAUUAUUUAAGCAGAGAUAAAGACAUAAGAUUGGACGGCGGGGAUCCAGAAGAAGCCAUGAAGAAAAAAGUUCACCACAGAGAAAAAAUGCUGCUCGGUCAAGAGUUAUCUGCAUAUGCUGUCGGCCAGGUAUCAGGCAGUUUGUUCCAACAGAGCUCUGAACCGUCUGGGUCAUUGUCAGCAUUAUUCACGACUCCGUUACCAGCGUCAGAAUCUCUGUUUCAGCCUGUCCCCAAGAAGCGUAUUCAAAAGACUGCAGAAAGAAAUGAGCAGCAGAAAGAUGGCUUAGAAGUGAAGGUCAAGCAGAUGAAGAACAAAUCCUUCAGGAAGACGUCAGUGGCUGAGCAGCAACUGCUGAACAGGGAGAGCAGUUUAUUAACAGCAGACACAGACGAGGAUGUGCAAAAGAGUUCAAUGAGGAAAAAGAGGAAAGCAUCAGAGAUUACUGGUGAAAACAGUGCAGAGUACUGGGUGAUGAAGCGACAGAAACAGAAAGCCAAUAAACAAGAGGAAGCCUUAAAGAUGAAAAGGACCGUGUUUGUUGGCAACCUACCAAUCAGCUGCACAAUGAAGACUCUGCAAGGACUCUUCAAAGAUAAAGGACCGAUUGAAUCUGCUCGGUUUCGCUCUGUGGUUAGAGAGGAUCCCUCAAUGUCUCGUAAAGAAGCAACUAUUAAACGCCAAGUUCAUCCCAAGAAGCAAAGCAUAAAUGCUUAUGUGGUGUUUAAAAAUGAAGAGGGAGUUAUUAAUGCUCUGGAGAGGAACGGCAUGGAGAUUGAGAAAGGCUUUCACAUCCGAGUGGACAGAGUGACUGACAAGUCAUCACAUGAUCACAAGCGCUCUGUUUUUGUUGGAAACCUGGCAUUUGAUAUCAAGGAGUUGGCAUUUCGACAGCAUUUUGAGGAGUGUGGAAAAGUCGAGGCAGUGCGACUAGUGCGAGACCCAAACUCCGGACUUGGGAAAGGAUUCGGAUAUGUCCUAUUUGAGAGUGCCGACUCGGUAGAGGUGGCGCUAGCACUGGAUGGCUCAAAGCUGGAAAGCAGGUCCAUCCGUGUGAAGAGAUCAGUGAAAAAGGAAAAGCAGACGAAUAAAACCAACAGCAAAGGAUCCCUGAGGAAGUCCAGGCAGAAUGCUGUGAAAGGUUCAGGAGGGGCCCAGAAACCCGGUCAAGCAAAUUUCAAACCCAAACCAAGUAACCUCUCGUCUUUUAAAGGAGAGAUGGCAAAUCCAAACAAGAAAAAUAGGAAAGUUUUAAAGAAGAAAAAUAAGACAAAAAAGAGACAUCGAGUUUCUACGAAAUGAAGGACUAACGGUGAUAAAAUCUGUUUCCUUGACUGUUUGAAAAAGAUUUUCUUUUUCACAAUGUUUUCUAAUGCAAUUCUCCUUCCAGACAAAUAACCAAGUAAAGGAUAUUGUAUUCUGAAAAUGCACAUUUUCUCAAGAUUGGGUGUGGUUUUAAUUUUAAAAGUUUAAACCUGGGGUGUGUUUGGAAAAAAAAGAAUAAUUGCUCAAUUUUAUUCUUGCAAUAUAUUUAGCUACAAAUGUUCAAUUCAAUUAAGGAAUACUUUAUUUGUCAUGAAGGGAAAUUAAAUGUUGUAACUCAUUAACUCAAA